AUGACACAUCCUGCCAAAGCAGUGCCAGCUGGUGCCUGGGACACGCAUCAUCACAUCUUUGAGCCGGAGCGAUUCCCCUUUGCUUCUGGGCGGCACUUUACUCCCUCAGUAGCUACCCUCGAUCAACUCAGAGAAUUCGAGGCGUCCAUUGGCGUCGAGCACGUUUGUAUUGCUCACGGACUUUCAUACGGCCCUGACUGCACUUCUCUCUUGUACUACCUGGAGCAGUUCAAGGGGACCGCUCGUGGCAUUGGUGUCAUAGAUGAGCAGGGCAUCUCAGAUGAGUUGCUUGAUAAGUACCAUGCCGCAGGCGUGCGCAGUGUCCGACUGGACUUUUUCAAAGCACAGGCCAUGAACAACUUGGACAAGCAAAUCGACAUGAUCAAGCAAACCGCCAACAGGCUCCUGCGCUGGAAGCCCAAUGGCAAUGGCUGGAGCGUGCAAAUGCAACAGCCAAAUCUCACAUACUGGAAGCAAAUUCGCGAGGUCGCCAAGGACCUCGGCCUGCCUAUUGUGAUUGACCAUAUGGCGCUCGUGAAGGCGGCCAGCAUGACCCCGGAAGGGGUUGAACUGGCCCUCAGUCAACCGGGCUGGAAAGAUCUCUUGGGUGCCAUUUCGGAUGGAAACGUCUGGAUGAAGAUUUCAGCACCGUAUCGGAAUUCUCGUGCUGAUCCUACCUUUGAUGAUCUCCGUGAUAUUGUGACAGGGCUGGUUCACGCGAACCCGAAGCGUGUUGUUUGGGGUAGCGAUUGGCCUCACACUCAGCGACACGAGGAUCGACAUCUGAGGAGCCCGGAUGAGGUUGAACCUUUCUUGAAGAUUGAUAACAAGACUUGGAUCCAAUCAUUGAGCACCUGGCUCACCGAGGAAGAGUGGACGGACUUGUGGGUAACAAACCCUCGGAAGCUGUAUGAUUAUUCUUCGUAA